GUCCGCCGGCCGUGCAGCGCUGCCCGCGGCGCCCUCCGAGCGGCGCGACCGAGGCCAGCCCUCGAUACGACCGCUCGGCACGACUCACGGACGCUACGGCUCGGCCGAGGCAGCCCCGUCGAGGAACACGGGAAGGCAGUACCGGCAGGCAGGACUACUGCCGCCCAGCCGGGGCAGCCCCGUCGACGGGCCCAGGAAGGCAGUAAAGACCCGAAGCUACCAUGGGCCUCACGGAGAUGCUGGCCGCGGCGAAGGAGCGCGAGGCGAACGCCGGCAGCAUGUCCGCGGCGGCGGCGGCGCCCGCGCCGGCGGCGAGCGUCGUGGCCGAGGCCGAGGCGCAGGCCCGCGAGGUCCGCGAGGGCGCCGCAGACGCGGAUCGCCUCAAGAAGCUCCUCGGGGGCUCGGGCGGCAAGAGCGCCGGCAUGGCGCUCAACGCGUUCGCGGGCGGCCGGGCCUCGAUGGCGGGCCUCGCGUCGAAGACGCGCCAGGUCACGUACGAGCCGCCGGCGCGGACGGCGGCGGCGGCAAAGCCCCCGAAACGGCGGAAGUGGUCGCCCGAGUUCCUGGACUUCUGGCUCUACGUGCUCUUCAUCGCGAUCCUGGCGGCGACGAACAUCGCCGGCACGAACGCGACGCCCUACUACUUCCGGCGCAACCUCGAGGACCAGUUCCUCGUCAACGAGUUCGAGCCGAACUGCGCCUACGACGGCAUCGCCUGCUUCGCGCAGAUCGAGGUCUGGCUGCGGGACGUCGUCGCGGGCUACGCGUACGGCGCCGGCGGCCGGACGUGGCACGGCAAGCCCGCCAAGCCCCGGCUGCUCGCGGACGGCGUGACGAUGCGCGUCGGGCUCGUGCGCGUGCGCGUCGUCCGCGCGCGGGGCGGCGACUGCCCGACGAUGGCGAAGAGGCUGACGCUGCCGGACGGGACGAAGCUCGACCCGGACAACUGCUACCCGUCUUUGGACUCAAACUGGCGCGUCAAACGGAACUAUAAGGCGCCCGUGCUGGAUCUGACGGUGGCGGAGGUCGCCACGGAGGCGCCGACGUUCGCGACGGACGCACCGACGCCCGCCGUCGUGACGCCCGAGCCGACGCACGCGCCGUCCGCGUCGUGCCGCGCGCCCGCCACCAAAACCGGCGCCAAGCGGCGCGGCGAGUUCGUCAACUCCGGCUGUCCAGGCAAAUAUUUAGGCAAAUAUUUGGGCAACUUGGCCUGUAGCGACGGCGACAGCGACGCGGAGCUGCCCUACACGAGCGCGACGACGGGCAUCACCUAUUACGGCGACGGCAACACGUUCGACCUGAGCCCGGACCGAGCCGUGGCGCUGCGCGAGCUGCGCGAGCUCCACGCGGCGAACUUCUUCGCGGGGCGGAGCGUCCGGGCGGUCAUCGUGAGCUUCUGCGUGUACAACCCGCACGCGGACAUUUUCGGGCUGGUCCGGGCGAACGUCGAGCUGCUGCCGGGCGGCGGCAUCGUGCCGACGUACCAGGUCGUCGCGUCGCCGAUCCUGAAGCUAGAUCGGGAGCUCCGGGGCGACGGCCUGGAGGGCAAGCCCUGGGGGGAGCAGCGGCGGGGCGCCUUCGGCGAGCUGCUCUUCUACGUCGUGUGCGUGCUGUACGCGCUGCGGGAGGUCCGGCAGUUCGUGAAGCACCGGGAGGUUUAUUUCGACAGCUUCUGGAACUGGCUCGAGGUGAUCAACCUCUCGACCUAUUUGCUCGUGGCCUUGCUGAGGAUCACGAUCCUGCUCUGGACGGCGGAUAGGUCCCUCGACGACGUCGACCUGAACUGCGGCUUCGCGGCGGACCUGGCAAAGAUCGCCCACGUGGCCGUGCGCGUCGACGCCCUGAACGCCGUGAACAUGAUUUUUAGUUUUCUCAAGGUCUUCAAGUACUUCCGGCACGUGCCCUCGCUCGCGCAGUUCACGAACACGUGCGCGCGGUCCGUGAGCGACUGCCUCGUGCUGCUCGGGAUCAUGUUCGUGGGCAUCCUGGGGUUCGCGAUCGCGUUCUUCGUGGGCUACGGCGCGUCGACCGACGCCUACAAGGACUUCCACAGUUCGUUCAUCACGCUCCUGGACGUGCUCAUGGGCGCGUCGGACAUCGGCGGGCUCGUGGCCUCGGACCACGUAUUGGUGGCGUUCCUGUUCUUUCCCUUCGUCUUCAUGAACUCGUUCAUCGUGUUGAGCAUGUUCCUCGCGGUCAUUGGCAUCGCCUUCGACGAGGUGCGGGACGAGCACCUGGAGGACAUGAAGGAGCGCAAGGACGAGGGCAUCAAGGAGGCGGACUCGCCGUUCCUGCAGGACAUGCACUACUGCUACGACGUCCUCGUCCACAAGAUCCUGCGGAUACCGCGCGUCGACGCGAAGGUCGGCGUCGGCGACGACGAGGACGACGAGGACGACGACGACGCGGCGCUGCGGGCGCGGUGCCGGCGGCUGCACGCGGAGUUCGCCGCGAAGGUGGAGCACCUGCGGGACCACCAGGACCUGCUCCUCGAGGCCGUGCGCGCGCGGUCGGAGACGGAGUCGCGGCGGCUGAGCCAGGGGGGCGACUAAGCCACGCGGAAU